GUCCACUACGGCGCUCUCCUCCGCCAACCGAGAAAUGAAAUCACUAAUCACUGAGUUCGCAAUUUAAUUGUUCGAUUAUUUUAAUUUAGACUAAGUGUUAAAAAAAAUAGCCUUUAGGCAUUCGCCGUUCACGGUUUACGUUGGCUUACACGGUUUCCCGUUGCCGUGGUCUAUAUAUGUUUCACAAACCACAGGACUUGCUCAAGCGCACGCCGGCCGAUGGAAUAAACCGGCCAGAGUUCUUGAAACAACUCGUUCAGGAGUUCCGAAAAACGAACAGUGCGGAGUCGAAGCUUCAAGUUUUAGCUAACCUUGCCAACUUUGCAUACGAUCCCGUCAAUUAUCUGCACAUACGUACUCAGAAGGUAAUUGAUUUAUUCCUGGAACAGUUGGCUUCUGAUGACAACCAACUAAUAGCAUUUGCAGCAGCUGGACUCUGUAAUCUAGUCAAUGACCCUGCCAAUAAGGAUUAUAUCAUUGGAAAUGGCGGUAUACAAAAUAUAGAAAAAAAUUUGAGUAUAGAUGAUGACAAUAUAAUACUUUCCUGUAUUACUACUCUUAUGUACUUGUAUGCACCAGAAAUAAAAACAGGUUUUUGAACAAUGAGAGUUCCAAUGAAGUUAGUGCGCUUAUUUUCUACAUCUCCAUUCAAACCUAAGUUAGAACUUCUAAGCCAUAAAAGUCUGAUAAAAAUUGAAGGAGAUGGCAUGUAUGAUUAUUGUCAGGGUUUGAUAACCAAUGAUAUUUUUAGACUAAAAACUGAAAAAUCUUUGUUCACAAUGAUAUUGAAUUCAAAAGGCCGUGUUUUAUAUGAUUGCUUGGUUUAUAAAGUAGAUGAUCAUAUACUACUUGAAUGUGAAAAAGAUGAUGCUAGUGAUUUAAUUAAAUACUUAAAAAUGUACUUACUACGAAGAAAAAUCAACAUUAACAUAUUAAAUGAUACCAGUAUUUGGGCGUUAUUCAGUUCUACACCUAUGGACAUGGAACUUAAUUCAGUUAGCGUUUUUAAUGACCCACGUUUGCCUAUUUUAGGUCAAAGAGUUUUAUCUGAUAAGACUUCAGGUAUUAGAAAUGAAAUAUUUUUGGACGAACGUGAUAACAAAUUUACUUAUCAACAAUGGAGAUAUACAAAUGGUGUUGCUGAAGGCAGCGAGUUACUGAAAGGGCAAUCUUUUCCAUUAGAAAUGAACUGUGACUAUUUAAAUGGUAUAAGCUUUAAUAAAGGCUGCUAUGUUGGACAAGAACUGACAGCAAGGACUCAUCACACUGGAGUUACAAGAAAAAGAAUAAUGCCUUUAAUUUUUGAUGAAACACCCACUGGUUUGAAUUUGGAUGCAGAUAUUUACAAUGAAUCUGACACAGGUGUUAAAAGACCACCUGGCAAGUUGAGAGGAUUAUGUGGAAAAGUUGGGAUUGCACUAUUAAGAAUUGAUGAAUGUUUGAAAGCAGAACGAUUAGUUGUUGGUGGGUUCACGGCUAAGACAUUUAUUCCAAAUUGGUGGAAAAUGUAAUACCGUUUAGUCAUGUUCAGUAAAUUUAGAUAUAGGUAUAAUGUAGAAUAUUUGAUAUACAUAUGCAGUUGAAUUUCUGAAAAUUACUCUGAUUAUUAAGCUAUAUUGUUUUAUAUAAAUGAGUUUUAUAUUUUAAAUCAUUUACUUAAUACUUGAAAUAAUUACUUAUGA